GUUCGGCUCGGGUUUCUGCUGCUCCUCGCGCCGCGGUCGGUCGGCCGCCCGCCUGCCGGUGCCAUAGCUGCCCCCCGCUCAGGGGCCGUCCCCGGGCUCCCGUGCUCCGCGCGAAGCCCUGGCCCCGGCGGCCGGGGCAUGGGCCAAGGGCGCGGGGUUAGGCGGCUUCCCGCAGGGCCGUGCCCCGCACCGGCGGCAGUAUGAAGACCCUCAUAGCUGCCUACUCCGGGGUGCUGCGGGGCGCGCGUCGAGCCGAGGCGGCCCGGAGUGAGAGCUCAGAUGGAGGCCGUGCGCUGUCACGUGAGGGGUCUGGGAGAUGGGGUGCUGGCUCCAGCAUCCUCGCCGCCCUCCAGGACCUCUUCUCUGUCACCUGGCUCAAUAGGUCCAAGGUGGAAAAGCAGCUCCAGGUCAUCUCGGUGCUCCAGUGGGUCCUGUCCUUCCUCGUGCUGGGAGUGGCUUGCAGCGUCAUCCUCAUGUACACCUUCUGCACCGACUGCUGGCUCCUCGCCGUGCUCUACUUCACCUGGUUGGCCUUCGACUGGAACACGCCCAAGAAAGGUGGCAGGAGAUCGCAGUGGGUGCGGAACUGGGCCGUGUGGCGCUACUUCCGAGACUACUUCCCCAUCCAGCUGGUAAAGACGCACAACCUGCUGACCACCAGGAACUACAUCUUUGGAUACCACCCGCAUGGCAUCAUGGGCCUGGGUGCCUUCUGCAACUUCAGCACGGAGGCCACUGAAGUGAGCAAGAAGUUCCCUGGCAUCAGGCCCUACCUGGCCACGCUGGCUGGCAACUUCCGGAUGCCCGUGCUGAGGGAGUACCUGAUGUCUGGAGGCAUCUGCCCCGUCAACCGGGACACCAUCGACUACCUCCUGUCCAAGAAUGGGAGCGGCAACGCCAUCAUCAUCGUCGUGGGGGGCGCAGCUGAGUCCCUGAGCUCCAUGCCCGGCAAGAACGCCGUCACGCUGCGCAACCGCAAAGGCUUCGUGAAGCUGGCUCUGCGCCACGGAGCCGACCUGGUUCCCACCUACUCCUUCGGGGAGAACGAGGUAUACAAGCAGGUGAUCUUCGAGGAGGGCUCCUGGGGCCGAUGGGUCCAGAAGAAGUUCCAGAAAUACAUCGGCUUCGCUCCCUGCAUCUUCCACGGCCGAGGCCUCUUCUCCCCGGACACCUGGGGGCUGGUGCCCUACUCCAAGCCCAUCACUACCGUCGUGGGGGAGCCCAUCACCAUCCCCAAGCUGGAGCACCCGACCCAGCAGGACAUCGACCUGUACCACGCCAUGUACAUGGAGGCCCUGGUGAAGCUGUUCGACAAGCACAAGACCAAGUUUGGCCUCCCGGAGAGCGAGGUCCUCGAGGUGAACUGAGCCCGCCCCUGGAGGCCAGCUCCCAGAAGGAAGCAGCUGCAAAUCAUUUUCUACCGAGUUCUCAAGUGCUUUUUGUUCUGUAAAUUUAGAAGCGUCAUGGGUGUCUGUGGGUUAUUUAAAAGAAAUUAUACUUUGUUAAACCAUG